ACCGAGAGAUGGAGAGAGAAAGAGGGGGUCGUCUUUGUUUGUUGUAAAUUUAAUUUUUAUUUUUUUUUUUUGGUUUUGGUGGUGGUGGUGGUGCGGGUUCGCUUUUCUUCUUCUCCGCAGCACGCAUCUCAAGCGAAGCGAGGCCUCCUCCGAACAGUUGUGUCUGUACAUCAUCACGUCCCAACACCCCCCCCGGCCUUAUAUAUGCGCGAGCCCGCCGGAGGCGACGCCAGCAGACGAAUCGAUCUCCUCGCCACUGCAACGGCUAACUUGCAGAUUCGUCGGCUCGCGCAAAUGGACUGCAACCACGACGAUAGUAGCAAGCCGUGGAAUUGGACCGAGGAAAAUUGUUUCGAGCAAGAUAUGAAUUUCGAUGCAUCUCAGUGCUUGUGGACUGAAGUGGCUCAGAAUGAGGAAGAUCUUUCUUACAUGUUUGACGAAACAACACCGGUCAAGGCCUGUGGGGAUUUGGGUUACCAAGUAAUGGGGAGUGGUGAGACGAGCAAGGAAGCUGGACAAGGUAAGGAGCCUUGCUCGCAAGUGAAGAGGCGACGCAUGCUGCAGUUUGAUGCUCAUGCUGUGGACCCUUCUCUUCGCUGUGAAGAGUUGUCAUCUGGCUUCCUGAAAUCUGAUGGAUCUGAGAGAGAAGACUCGGCUGAGGAGGUUUUUUCUGAACAAUCACAGUGGAUUCCUAGACAGUCAGGCUCUGGCUGCGAUGGUAUCGAUCCGUUAACUGAUGGAUGGCUUGCUGAAUAUUUUAAUGAUCCCGAGAUGCAUUUUCCUAAUGAGGGGAACUGCUCUGGGGCGUCCGAUGUUCAAAUAGAUGUUUCAGAGUUCUGGAGUGAUCAGCCCGAGACCGCAACCAAUAGGGUCCAACAGCGUGUCGCUCGAACUCCUCAGAAAGUGGUUUUUAAAGGUAGGAGGUCUUACAUAAGGACUCCCACCAAGUUAGCUUCUUCAGUUGCUUACCCAUUUGCCUUCGUUAAACCCUGCGGCGUUCAUGGUGAUGUCACUUUGAAGGACAUAAAUCAGAGAAUACGCACCCCUCCACCAUCAAAAACAAAACCGAAUGAUGAAGAUCCUGCAGCUUAUCCUACCUCUGCCUUUUCUGGGAAACCUGUGGUUGGAAAGACAAAAAUUCGUACCGAAGGUGGAAAAGGAAGCAUAACCAUUAUGAGGACCAAAGGUUGAAAGCGCAUUGUCUCUUUUAUCAGCGAGUUCUUCAGGCCCUUUUCUCGUCUCCCAAUGUUUCUUGGGUUUUGAGUUUUUGUAAUUACCCAGGGGGGCCUUCGGGUAUAGAAGUAGAUAAUGCGAUUCUUUUGUUGUUCUUGGACAUCAUAAAUCAUGUUGCCAUAGUAAGCAGUGUUCUAGUAAUCCAAUGCCUUUCAUCUUGUAUAUCAUGACUCUGAAUCAAGAUUGUACUGUGAAUCAUUUCAUCAUGUGAUUUCUAUUUAGCUUA